CAGACAAGCUCAGAUAGAAAAAAGCAGCCUGGCCCAGCGAAAGUUGCUAAACACGCCGCCGCCUCCUUCACUGGGCCACUGCUCAGUGCUCCAGGCUCCUCUCGCUCUCACCCGGCCGCCAACUCACGCGAGGGUUCGGCCUGCAAUGGGGCAACCGUGCGCUGCUCCCUUUGAUAUCUUGUAUAGAAAGACGCGGCCAUGUCCUCCUGCUUCUCUUUCUCUCAUACACAGUUACAGCUGACCUGGUCGCUCUUUCUUUCUCUCUCUUUCUCUCUCUCUACUCUGCAUACUGCAACCUCAUCUGUCUCACCUCAUUUGUGCAUCCAGAGAUUCAGGGGACCAGACACGACACGCUGCAACACGCGCUCCCACACUUAAGCGACAAACAGAGCUCCUCCUCUCGCGACGCACCAGGAGACACUCACAAUCAUCGCCCUUCUCUGACUAUUUGCCAGGAAAAAAGAGAUGAACAAAGCACAGACACCGCCGCCUUCUCCCUGGCGACAAGACGAAGACCCCAUCAAGACACUCUACGCAUCAAGAAGCAGCAGCACUAGCAGCAACAACAGCGACGCAGCCUCUAUCUGCAUGCAAGUCCCUUCAGAGAUGCCUUCAAAGUUCAAUGACAAGUCCUUCACCGAUACAGUCCUGGGACAUACGUCACAGCAACAGGAACAACUCACGCACUUUGAUCCAUUCAAGACCCAUUACAAAAUCAACUGGCGACACGUCCCUGUCAUCUUGCUGGUCCCCGUACUUGCCUUGCUAGGUGCCUGGACAACCCCAUUGACCGUCAAGACAGCCAUUUGGGCAAUUUGCGCCUACUUCCUGACUGGAUUGGGUAUCACUGCCGGUCACCAUCGGCUCUGGUGUCAUCGCACCUAUGUCGCGUCACGCGCACUUCAAGUCUUCCUCAUGUGCUGCUCAACAGCUGCUAUCCAGGGUAGCGUCAUCUUUUGGGUCACGGAUCACCGUCUCCACCAUCGUUACACCGAUACCAACAAAGACCCGUACUCUGUCCACCGUGGUCUCCUUUGGAGUCAUAUCGGCUGGCUUCUCGUCAUUGAACCCGACAAGCCAACUGGACACGUCGAUAUCUCUGACCUCACAAACGACCCAUUGCUAGCCUGGCAAGAUCAAAACUACGACUGGUUCUCUCCCAUCUGUGCACUUCUCUUCCCAACACUCGUUGCUGGACUCGGCUGGGGUGAUUGGCGUGGUGGAUUGGUCUAUGCAUCCCUUGUUCGACUUGUUUUUGUGCAUCAUGCUACCUUCAGCGUCAAUUCACUCGCUCACUACCUUGGAGAUCGCCCGUAUGAUGAUCAUUCAGCACGCGAUAGUGUCGUCACGGCACUUGUGUCAUUGGGUGAAGGAUACCACAAUUUCCAUCAUGCCUAUCCAACAGACUACCGCAAUGCCGUUAAAUGGUACCAAUAUGAUCCAACGAAAUGGGCGAUUCGCGCAUACAAAGCAUUGGGUCUUGCAACGGGACUUGUGACAUUCAGCGAUAAUGAGAUUCAAAAGGGAAUGAUUCAAACUGCACAGAAACGUUUGGAUGAGUGGAAUGAAAAGAUUGCUUGGGGUCCGCAAGUGGAUGAUUUGCCGGUGAUUGAAAUGGAUGAUUUCAUUGCAAGUGCAAAAGAACGCAACUUGGUCCUCAUCAGUGGCAUUGUGCAUGAUGUGACACAUUGGAUCGAUAAACACCCUGGUGGUCGAAAGAUCCUUCAAUCUGCUAUUGGGAAAGAUGCAACGGCCAUGUUCUAUGGUGGUGUCUAUGCACAUUCUCGCAUUGCGCGCAACUUGCUCGAUAACUACCGCGUGGGUAUCGUGCGGGGUGGUAUGCAAGUCGAGGCCUGGAAGUCGGAUGCUGCGCGUUCAACUGCAAUGAGUGUGGCCUCGAGUGAUGUGGAUCUGUGCGAGUCGUCGUGCGUUGAGCUGUAGGCUUGCCUCUUUUGCUCUUCAAAUUGGCUUUGGUACCUGCUGCUUAUUGAAUUCCGUUUGCUAUAGAUCGGUAGCUAUGAUGACUUUUG